AAAUGUCGAAGGAAAAACAUACAUACAUAUAUAUAUAUAUAUCAGCCUGCGAUAUCACUCAUACGCCAAAAUGUCGUCUACCAAGGAGCAUUACUACGAAGCUGGCAAAGCCGAAGGCCGCGCUGAGGAGAAGGCGGGGACGAUGGCAGACACGGUGAAGGAAAAGGCGAUUAUGUCCGCCAAGGAGACGGUGGCAGCGAAAACGGAAGAGGUGAAGGAACGGGCUGGGGACGCGGCGGAGGCAGCGAAGGAGAAGACUUACGAAGGGAAAGAGAAGACGAAAGGUGUGCUGGCUGAGACGGGGGACAAGGUGAAGCAGACAAUUGGGAUGGGUGAACACGACGACGAUCAGGCAACCACCGCCGGUACCGGCGAGCAGAGGGAGACUCAGGAGGAGCGGCAGGAGGUGUCACUCGAUCCAGAAGAACCAGUGAAGAACAUGGAGGUUUUCAACAUCAUAACGUCAGUAUGA